AUGAUUCUCCAGUGGACAUAUGGCACCAUUUCCUCGGACCUUCUCCUUGCUAUCCAACAAUGUGAUGACACAACUGAGGGAGCACAGAAACAACUCGAAGCUUUAUUUUACGAUAAUAAGGCUUCACAAGCAACCAACCUCAAAGAAGACUUCACUGGUGUCGUUCUUGAGGAACACCAUACCAUCGACAACUACUACAAUUACCUUCAAUCUCUUGCAGAUGUUGAUGCCCCGGUGUCAAAUGGGCAGCUCGUGUUACGUCUCAUAGGUUCCUUGCCAGAGACGUACAAUGGUACAGUUGAUUUCAUCCAAAAUCAAGAGCCUCUACCUUCGUUCAAAAGUUGUCGAUGA